ACCUCCAAUAGCCUCCUUUGUCCUUCCUAUAAACAUGGACCUUUGUAUAAUGGAGUAGUAGAUGAUAAAGUCUCAACAUUCAUCUCCUUAGAAAAACUUCAUAGUCUUACUAAGUUGUAUUUCUAGACUAAUCCUCCGGAGUCCAAUCGAGCGUUCUUGGGGGCGUCGAUCGAUCUAUCACAAAUCGCUUCAUUUCUUUGAUACAUAAGAAUAUUAUUAUAGCCUUAGUUAUGUUGAUGAGAAAAUCUAUCAGUGAAUUCAACUCUAGUACUAGCCUCCAUAUUAACAAUCCACAUCAUGACUUUAGACCUCUCUCCAAACCAAAUUCUUCUGCAAAUUUGGCCUUCAAAAGCCACAAGAAGUGUAAGCCAAGUGUCCAAUGUCUCAACAUCACAAAUCUAGUGGCAAGCAAUGACAAAAUUAAAAGGAACUGGAUUGUUCGCAGCAGUGUUGAACCAGGACCUCCAACACCUUCUGGCCCUCCUUCUAAUCCUUUAAAUUGGAUCUUGGGGAUAGUGAUAGCAGUACUGAUACCAUUCAUCGGCCAAAAAUGGGGACCCAUAAAAAAUAAAAUUGAAACGGUAUUGAAUAAGGCAGAAGAUGUGGCGGAGGGUGUCGAAAAGAUGGCGGAGAAGGUGGAGAAAGUGGCGGAGGACAUAGCAGAUGAUCUUCCGGCGGGCGGACAAUUAAGAAGGGCUGUGGAUUUUGUCGAAAAAGUGGCUGAGAGAGCUGCUAAGGAUGCUGGCUUAGUAGAUGAUUUUAUUGAUGAGAUUCAGGAAAAGGAGGAAAAGGUGGAAUCCUAUGUAGAAUCUCUUGAAGAAAAAGAUAAAGAAGAAAAAGAUAAAGAGAAAGAGAAAGAGCCUGCCCAAAAUGCAGAAGAGUCGGAAACAAAAAAUAUUUGAGAGAGGAAAUUCUUUUUAUUUAGUAAUAUAAUUAGGAAAUGGAAUAAUGUAUGAUGGUUUUGUGAAUUUGACUUUUUUUCAUAUGAAUCCACAAAAUUUACCAGAAGUUUCUGGUUUCUUGUAUUAGCAAGAAUUUUCUUCCUAUUUCUGUACACUAAUUCAAUUUGAAGACUACUUUCCCAA